AUACCACAACUUGUGUCUUCCCCUUUAUUUUCGAUGGGAAACGCUACUCUUCAUGCACCACAGAUGGAACUAUUGAUGAGAAGCUGUGGUGUGCCACAUCUGACAAUUAUGAUAAGGACAGCAAGUGGAAACACUGUUCUCUUGAAGAAUACGGAGGCAACGCUGACGGCAAGCCCUGUAUUUUUCCUUUUGUGUACAAGAACAGGAUAUUCUACACCUGUACGGAUGAGGGCCAAGCAAAGGGAAGAUUCUGGUGUUCCACCACAAGCAAUUACGAUCUGGAGCCUCAGUGGAGCUUCUGUGCUGACACCAGACUAGAUGCAAAUCCCAAGGGGCCUUGUGUCUUUCCUUUCCUCUACAAUGGCACUUCCUACACCACAUGCACAACUGAUGGGAUUUCGAACAAGAAGCUUUGGUGCUCUCUCACCAGCAACUACGAUGUAGACUUGAAGUGGACAUACUGUGAGGCCUCAG